CGUUUUACACCCAUCUCUCUCGUGACUCGGCCUUUUCUCUUUGCUCUCUCUCCGUCGGUUUCCAGCUUCUGCCCCUAACUCAUUUCCUCGCGCCUCCCUCUCUGCGUAUAUUCGGAAUCGGUAAGGGAUUGCGGUUUACGAAACUGGGACUCUGAGUGUGGCAGUUCUUCAGCCGGAAAGGUUGAGGGCCGGAUGGUGGCCAAAGGCGGCGGAAUGAGCGGGCGGCGAUGGAAGGAGGUGGCGGUGCUGGUGCCGACGGUGGUGGAGGAGGAGGAAUGGAGAUGAAGAAGAUAAAGAUUGGAGUCUGCGUGAUGGAAAAGAAGGUGAAAUGCGGAUUCGAGGUGUCUUCUGCUCCAAUGAAACAGAUUCUGGACAGGUUACAAGCGUUUGGCGAAUUUGAGGUUAUACAUUUUGGAGAUAAGGCUAUUCUUGAAGAUCCAAUCGAGAGGUGGCCUGUAUGUGACUGUUUAAUUGCCUUCUACUCCAGUGGUUAUCCCCUUGAAAAGGCAGAGGCAUAUGCUGCCUUAAGAAAGCCUUUCGUAAUAAAUGAAUUGGAGCCGCAACACUUACUUCAUGACCGAAGGAAAGUAUAUGAGCGUCUGGAAAGGUUUGGAAUCCCUGUUCCCAGAUAUGCCUUUGUGAAUAGAGGAUUUCCAUACCAAGAGCUUGAAUACUUUGUUGAGGAAGAAGAUUUUGUUGAGGUUCAUGGUCAACGCUUCUGGAAGCCUUUUGUAGAAAAGCCAGUUCAUGGGGAUGACCAUAGUAUCAUGAUAUAUUAUCCCAGUUCUGCUGGUGGAGGCAUGAAGGAACUUUUCAGGAAGGUCGGAAACCGCUCCAGUGAGUUCCACCCAGACGUAAGAAGAGUAAGGCGUGAAGGAUCAUACAUAUACGAAGAGUUUAUGCCAACUGGUGGAACAGAUGUCAAGGUAUAUACUGUUGGUCCUGAGUAUGCACAUGCUGAAGCGAGGAAGUCUCCAGUAGUUGAUGGUGUUGUAAUGAGAAAUCAUGAUGGCAAGGAGGUA